GAUCAGUCUAUAUUUUUAUGGCUGAUGAAGAAAACUCCUUUAAUACUUCACGGGGGUGAAGUUGUGAACAAGGUGAUUAAAUUGUGUAAAAUGAAAAAGUUUGUCGUACUUGAAACAGCUGGUGAGUGGAUCAAAUUAACCGAUUUGAGCGGUUUGAAAUCAUACGAAUUUGUUUUAACUUCUUUCAAGUGUUGUUUUCAAGGGAAAGAGACGCAAAGUUUGAGGGAUUUUAACGAUUUGAUACCAUUUUGGACCCUCAACGAGUUGGUUUUGAUGCUUGACGGGCCAUACACACUCGACAGAAAAGAAACACUUACGCACUCUUAUAUUAACAGACGACUUACUAGACAUGUGGUAGAUAUCACUUAUUUGGAUAAAAUUGAUAAAAACACUUCAGUUCUUAUCGAUUGUGUCAAUACUGACCUUAAAUGUCUCUGUGUCGAUUUGGACCAAUUUUUAAACGGAGACUCUAAUUUAGAAAAGAAAUUUUUACAUUUUGGUGCUGUUUUUAUAAAAAAAACACCAUGUGGGAGCGACGAUUUUGAUAAUUUGUGUCGUAAGACAAAUUCUCGAAAAAGUCUUCAUUUUCGAAUGGAUGAAAAUAAUUUGGACUUGAUACGAAGCAAAGAUGAGACUGAUUUGGAACGAUUCUGCUUGAAUGUUUCAAUUGAAGAAGAUAAAUUAUUAGAAAGGCUUGGAAAUAACAUCAAUUUGAUAAUAAACGAAGCCGGGAUGGGGAAAACCGAGUUGUUGAAACAUUGGAAAAAUGAGUUUUUUGAGGACUACUGGACUCUACUUUUGACCCCCAAAGACAUGUCAUGUGUUAGUGAGCACAUUGAGGGAUUUUUUGAUUAUAUCGUAAAAGAGAAGUACAGAGAUUUGCAAGAUUUUGACAAGAACGUGUUAGAAGUGUUUUUGAAGAAGAACCGAGUGGUUUACUUGUGGGACGCUCUGGACGAAAUAUCGACCCAAAAUCAAGAUAAAAUCAUAAAUUUGAUCAAAAAGUUGCCUCGGGAGUGUCAACAAUGGGUUACAAGUCGACCUCACUUGAAACCAAAACUUGAAACGGCGUUUGGGGUCCCUGCGAGACAUUUACUUCCACUAGACCGGGACCAACAGAUUUUUUACAUUGAGCAGGUGCUCAAAUGGGACAUUGGGCCAAAAAUGAUCAACAGUGACAUUUUCGCGGUUCCCUUACACUUAUUUAUGGUGUCAGAAUUGUGGCAAGACUCUCAAAAAUAUCAAAAUUUGUCAUUGAUCGAUCUCUACCGAAAUUUUAUCGAAAACAAGAAAAAGAAGUUGUGUGAGAAAGCAAAACUAGAGACACCUAAUGAUUGUUUGUGGGAAUUGUUUGAUCAAAACGUUGACGAUAUGUUAGAAGCCUACGAGCAAAUCGCUUUCAAAUCACUACUUUCCGAGGAUUUGAUCAAAAAAUUAAACAUUAACUGUGAUCACUGUUUUAAAAAAAUCAAAAAAUGGAAAGAUCGUUUAGGACUUUUGUCGCAUUUUGACGAUUCUAGUGCUCAGUUUUUACACAUUUCUUUCGCUGAGUAUUUAGUCGCACGUUACUUUAGCACGAAUUUUGAGCAUAUUUCGCACUUGGAGUUUAUUUUUUUGCAAGAAUUCCAAAAUGUGCGAUUUUUUUUCGACCUGUUGCUUGCACAAGAGUCGCAAUUGCACGUUGCUGUCUUGUACAAGGAUUACGAAUUUUUGAAGCAGAAUGAAGAUCAAGUGAGGACUUGCAGGGAUUUUGGAGGAAGAAAUUUGUUGCAAUUGGCGUGUUCUUGGGGACAAACAUGUCCGGAGUUAAGUGUUGAAAAAGUGGGCGAUGUUUAUGUUAUCGAUGAUCAGAAUGAUCUAAAUGAAAUUACAGACUCGCAAGAUUAUGUCAAAAUUGUCAAAUUUCUUCUUGAAAUUUGUGAUAUUGAGGAAACUGAUUGUGUCUUCAAAAUGAAUACUAGAGGGUAUGCCGAUAGGGCCAAUUGUGUCUUGGCAAAAAUAUUCAUAGAAAAGAAAAAAAGGUCUUGUGGUAACAUUCUUUCAUCAAGAACCCUUUGUAAUUUGUUGUAUUUUUCGGCAAGAUUCGGUUGUAGUGAAACUCUUGAAGUCUGUGAAAAAAUCCCUAUAGUACAGACAAAGAGUAAGAAUUCGCUUCUACAUCUAGUCACUUCUGAAUCCUACUUAUCUCAACUUUUGAACAAGAAAGAAUACAAAAAAUUGAUAAAUCAAGUGAACAAAUUCGGGGAAACCCCACUUCUUGUUGCUUCAACCAAUGGUUAUGACACUAUUGUCCGUAAUUUGAUACAAUCAGGUGCUAUGAUUGAUAUUUGUGAUAAUGACGGCUUCUCACCUCUUCAUAAAUCGUGCAGAGUUGGGCAUCACAACAUCGUUGAUAUUUUGAUACAAAAAGGGGCACAAAUUGAUAUUUGUGAUAAAGACGGUGAUACGCCUCUACAUUUGGCCGCGUAUCACGGACAUGACAAUAUCACUGAAAUGCUGAUUUUGACUAAAACCAAGCUUGAUGUUUGUGAUAAUGACGGUUCAACGCCACUUCACAAGGCGGCUUAUAAUGGUCACAAUGACGUAAUGCGUAGAUUGAUUGAAUCAGGAUCACAAAUUGAUGUUUGUGAUCAUUUCGGAAGAACGCCUCUCUAUUGGGCCGCUCAUAACGGACAUGUGAAAACUGUGAAAAUUUUGAUUGAUAAUGGGGCACAAAUUGAUAUUUGUGAUAAAAAUAAUGAAAGUGCUCUCUAUUUGGCGGCAUUUAACGGCCAUUAUGACGUGAUUCAAAACUUAUUAUCACAUGAUAAGUCACAAAUUGAUGUUUGUGACGAUGAUGGCUCACGGCCUCUUCAUAAAGCGGCGUACAACGGGCAUGAGAGAGUCGUUACAGCUUUGAUAUCACUUGGGGUACAAAUUGAUAGUUGUGAUAAGUUUGGAAGGACGCCUCUUUAUUGGGCCGCUCAUAACGGGUAUGUGAAAACUGUGAAAAUUUUGAUCGAUAAAGGGGCACGAAUUGAUAUUUGUGAUAAAAAGGAUGGUUCUCCUCUACAUGUCGCGGCUUACAACGGACAUGAUCAUGUAGUGAAUUUGAUAUCAUCUACUAUCAUUGAUAAUUGUGAUAGAGAUGGUUCGACACCACUUCACAAAGCUUGCUACAACGGUCAUAUCAAAGUCGUCGAUACGUUGCUUUCAAAGGGUGCCAAAAUUGAUAGUUGUGAUAAUUAUAACCGAACGCCACUUUACUGGGCGGCUCAUAACGGACAUCACAAAGUGACCAAUUUUUUAAUAGUGUCGGGGGCAAAUGUUGAUAUUUGUGAUCAUGGUCGUUGGUCUCCUCUGAUUUGGGCGAUUUAUAACGGACAUAAGGAAGUAGUUAGUGAUUUGUUAUCAGGGGGUGCUAAUGUUCAAAUUUGGACCAAUGAAGGCGAAACACCGCUUCAUAAAGCGUGUGUUAAGGGAUAUAGCGAGAUUGCGAAAAUGUUGAUAUUAAAAGGUGCUGAAAUUGAUAUUUGUGAUAAUUGUGGAAGAACACCACUUGAUAUAGCUAUGCAACGAGGGUUUGAUAACGUGGUCUCAUUGCUUAUUACAUCUGGGGCCAAGGUUGAUCCUUUAAAAUAUAGAUUGUAAAAUUUUUUCUUAUUUUUUUUAUAAAUAAGGUGCUUUGAGUCAUUUUUUCCCAUAAGGGAGCAGCGUACUAUAGCGCUUCUUAAUAAGUAGACCAAAGCCUUCUUUCCCAUAAAAUUUUACUAAAACUGAAUUUAAAUCACAGCAUGUAUUUUCAAAAUUUUUCAAAAAUUUUAAUAACUCGGCAACACCGUAACCGAAAUUUAAAAACAAAAUAUGGUUUUAUAGCAUUUGGUAAGGUACAUAAGAACAAAAAUUGUGGUUUUUCAUUAAAAAAAAAGUUGCGUCCGGCCCUGGAAUAACGGAACUUAAUAGAGAUUUGUUAUCUUUAUGUUGACACAAAAAUUUAUUUUUGUAUUUUUAAUAAUAAAGUCGGUAUUCUUCGUCGCCGCAUUUGUGACUCACCCGGUAUAAUAUUAGAUAAUACGAUUGCUAAGCAGCAUUAAUAAACUAAAAUGUAAAAUUUCCGGUCACGUUUUAUUUUAUUGAAGUUUUUAUAACAGAAAUAAAUAAUUAAUUAUGUUAGGCAUUUGUUUGUGUUGUAACAUAAUGGCCAAUUUAGAUGAGUACCAUUUUGUGAAGGAAAAUAAAUUUUGGUGAGUUUUAA